AUGGCGGCACGCGCUGGUCGCCUCUGUCUCUUGCGGCUGGUCGUUGCCGUCUUCGUGACGGUUUCCGUCAAUGCGUCAUCCGACGGAUUUACGGAGGAGAGCACCGUGAAUGGUGACGAAUCGAUCAACGGCCAGCAAUCACCUCCGAGGUCCCAUCUGGUCGGCAGAGUCGGCGAGUUCGAAGGCGAGCUCAACUAUUACCUGCCACUGCGACUUAGGGCCCACCCUGAGCGAGUCAACCUUGUGACGCGGCCGCUGGGCUUUCCUCUCUCCACGGCUCGCCUGGCCAACGUCUUCCUCCACUUCUUCCACCACCUCCCCUCGGACAACUCGCACACCAGUUCCAGCAGCAGCAAUCAAAUAGCAGGAAGCGUGUCAAGCGCGUUCGUUGACAGUGCUUCAGAAGAGAGUGGGAGUGCCUCAGAGGAGAGUGGCUCAGGCGAGUCAGAAUGGGCGGUGAAGCUCGACUGUCACGGCCCUCCCUGCCCCGCCUUCGGCUCAUGCACCGCCCGCUUCCCCAACGUGCAGGCCUGUUGGAACCCCGAGCUUGUCGAUCCGCCCAUGAGCGAACCCAUCCCCCCUAUAAACUGCCCCCUUAAAGCGGACAGCGCCGGGCGUGGCGACGGGUCUCGGUCGCAGGCGAGAUUCGACGAGGCGUGCUCGCACGAGCAGGACGUGGGGAUUCACGGCGUGCAUGCGCUGCAGAUGAUGCGGCUGGAGGAUGUGUAUUUGACUGAUAAUGGGUUUGCUCUGAACCGCACGCACCUGUUCGUCAGGAAUGGGUGCCCGCAUUUCCCAGGAGCGGUCACAUACGAUGCGGGCCACAUGGUGCACGAGCUGCCAGCAGCGGUGUUCAACUGGGCGCACCAACCCAGCAACAACUUCUACCACUUCCUCAUUGAAAUCUUCCCGCUCUUCCUUGUCGCUGCGCCCCUCAUGCCCUCCCCGCUGCGACAGCUGCCUGUACUUGUCAGGGGCGGCCAGGUGCAAAUGUACGAGCAACUGGGUGCGCCACUCAUAGGCAUCCCACUGGAUCAGAUGCGCCUGCUCCCCACAUCUGGGAACGACCUAUUUCAUGCGAACGUGGUGUACCAGCCCAUCUUUCAGAACUGCCACCAUCCCAGCCAGUCGCUCUGGCAGAUGAUGCGGCGCCGCCAUCUGCUGCACCCCUCCGGCAUCCCUCUCUUCAACCCCGACUGGACUCUCCGCAACCACCGCCCUCUCUCCCCCGAUGAGGCUCGCUCCCUCCCCUCCGACUGGGUGGUCGUGCUGGCGAAGCGGCCGAAAGGGAAGAAACGGGCGAUUCUGAAUGUUGAGGAGGUGGAGGCGGAGGUGGUGAGGCGGUUUGGGCGCGAGAGAGUGGUGGUGUAUGAUGGGUCGCUGCCAAUUCUACAAGCCCGUGCGCUCCUCAUGCGAGCACGCCUGUACAUAGCGGGCCACGGAGCCGCACUCACCAACAUGAUCUUCACGCCAGAAAAGGCUUCCCUGCUGGAGAUUCGCCCCCAGGGAUGCCCUGUGCCUGUCUAUAAUGGCCUCGCCGCUGCCUGCUCACUGCGGUACCAUCUCGUGUUCAGCCAGGGGAAUUGUUCGUCCACUGUGGUGGCUGAUGUGUCGAGUGUGGCUCGGGUGCUUGAUGCAAUAAAGGCUAGGUUUCAGAUAGAGGAUGGUGAAGGUGAAGGUGCAAAUAACGAAGUCUGA